UGUUUAUGUUCAAGGCCUGUAUGAGCUGAGGACUAUCACUAUUUAUGUUUAGGUUUUAAAAUGGCCAGUGAGGGAGUUUCAGGUACUGUGUCCGGCAAGACAGGUGAGCUAGUGGGUUGUGUGUCAGGGUCAUGUGACUCUGGGCAGAGGUGUGUAUGUGAGCCAGAUGUGUGUGAGCCUCCAUCUCUGGAGGAGCUGGAGGAGGUGUUACAUUCAGCCCAGAGCUCCUGUAGGCACGGAGACGAGGUGUGGCCCAACCUAUACCUGGGGGAUAUGUAUAUGUCUCAUGACAAGUAUGAGCUGUGGAGGUUGGGCAUCACUCAUGUCCUGAAUGCAGCCCAUGGUAAGAUGUGUUGCAAAGGCAGUGAUGAUUACUACGGUACCACAGUCAGCUAUUACGGUGUUCCUGCCAAUGACCUACCCACCUUUGACCUCUCACCUUUCUUUUACCCUGCUGCUCAGUUCAUCCACCAGGCAUUAAAGUCAGGAGGCAAGGUGUUAGUGCACUGUGCUGUAGGAGUGAGUCGGUCGGCUGCGUUGGUCCUAGCCUUCCUCAUGAUCCAUCAUCAUCAUCCUCUGCUGGCAGCCGUCCAGCUGGUGCAGCAGAAACGAUGGGUCUUCCCCAACAGAGGAUUCCUAAUGCAGCUUAUAAACCUGGACUACACUCUUCAGAGAGAGAGAAGGGACUGAAUAUACACACACACACACACCAGACCUGGGAUAACUAUAGUUUUAAAUAUUAUUUGUGGAAAGUAACUAUUAGUGGGGGUGUGACUACAACUGUGUCUACAACUAUUUGAACACAAAUCCCAAAAAAGUACUACUUUUUAAAACUAUUUGAAUACAGAUCUGAGAAAGUGAUUACCUUUUCAAAACUAUUUGAAUACAGAUCUCAGAAAGUGAUUACCUUUUCAAAACUAUUUGAAUACAGAUCUCAGAAAGUAACUACUUUUUUGAAAAACGAUUGGAUGCCUUUAACUAAUGGUAGGGUUGUAUCUGGAACAGAAACGAUUGGAUUAGCUACCUUCAACUAAAGGCAGGGCUGUAUCAGGAACUGCAUGUUGCAGAUAGAAAUAUAAUGAAUAGAGCAAACACAAUUUCCUAUACUAUUCCAAUCUAUCUUGCAGUAGAUCAUAUUUGAAGUACAUAAUGCAUUUAUAUCUGAACAUUCUGUACAUUUCCAAUCUCCUGAACAGACUCCAGGUGUA